CCGUCAUCGCCAAAAGCUACACCACCACAGCGCAAACAGUUCGAUAUCGACUACACACACAGUGGCUCGUAUUAUCACCUCGCAAACAAACACACCUCAACCGCCAAAAUGCCGGGCAAAAUCAUCCCUGUAACCAGCGCCUCCCACUUCGAAACGCUCCUCAACUCCUCAACCUACACAAUCGUCGAUUUCUACGCGGAUUGGUGCGGACCUUGUAAAGCGAUUGCUCCCGUGUUUCAGACAUUAGCCGAGAAGGAGACAAGGCCUGGGAAACUGCAGUUCGUGAAGGUCGAUGUAGAUGCACAGCAGGAAGUUGCGAGGAAGUAUGGGGUCUCUGCUAUGCCAACAUUCCUCGUAAUCAAAUCGAAGUCCGUUAUCGAAACGAUCCGCGGCGCCAACCCCUCCGCCCUCACAGCCGCUGUACGCAAAGCCGCAAACGACACAGGAGCCGGUGGUGCAGGUUCUGCAGCAUUCGCAUCGAAGGGCAGGACAUUAGGAAGCUCAAGCCAGCCUAGCCAGACCGUGGGCGAAGGGGCCUUUGCGGGGCUGCAGAGGCUAAUGACAGGAAACGGCGGGUUCGCGGAUAUGGCGAUACGGUUCUUGGCGCUGUAUCUUGUGAGUUUGUUUGCUUUCGAUUCGUUCAAGGCGGCUCAGGAGAGCCCGUACAACGUUAGGUCAAGGAGGUAGGGGUCGGGGAGCACGAGGCAGAAACGAAAUCCAUGGGCAGAGUCUAGCGUUACGGGGUGGUCUGCAUGAAUUUCGCGUUGGCAUAAACAUAUUUGCACGGCGUUCAGGUAUCAGGCGCAAUCCAUGUGCCGAGAAUAUGUUAACACGACAAAGUGGCUAUCCUCACGUUUCGUUCUUUCCGUUGGUUUGGUAACAGCUUACUUUCUAGUUGGA